AUGGCAAGAGGAUUGAAAAAACUUUUGAAGAUGCUCAAUGCACGAAAGCGUUGGAUGCUUGAUAAACUUGGAAGGGCUUUUUCUCCCAAGCGUUUCUCUAAUUUACAUAACUCAAGGGAAUGUUUGCCAUUGGUUAUUAUCCUCAGGAACAGAUUGGAAUAUGUUUUGAUUUACCGUGAGGUUAUCUCCAUUUCGACUCAACGACAAGUUACGGUUGAUAGGAAAGUUAGGACAGUUAAAACUUACCCUGCUGGUUUCAUGGAUGUUUCAAUUCCAAAGACAAAUGAGAACUUUCGACUUCUUUAUGACACCAAGGGUCGUUCCUAUCUCUAUUUGUUCAGGGACAAGGAAACCAGUGUUCAAACUUUGCAAGGAUCCCAGUAA